GGCUAAGGCCGGAGAAAACAACUCUAUCUUUAGACAAGACGUCCGUGUCGAAGGAAGAGCUGACGAAUCUAUAGUUGGGGUAUAGUUGGGGUAAGUAAAGCAUCGAGGAUAUGAAAGGAGACCUUGUCCAUCAAAAGUUAAGUUCAACAAGCAACCUUGGAACGUAACUUAGUUAACCUCCUCUAAGUCAUAACCUUAUAUUUUCAAUCAUCAUAUUCAAGUCUUAGCGCUUCUCGCAAGAAAUUAUCUACUGCACUAGCCAUGCACGUAUUACAGAGCCUCAUUCUUGGCAUCCCAGCGGUUAUAGCUGGGUCACCAAUUCUUGUUGAACGUGCUCCUACAUCCCCUUUUGCAUUGUUCGCUUACGGCGAUGGAAUCGGCGGCGCACCUGUGUUCACGGAUGGCGAUGGUGCCUAUAUCGGGCAGGUAACUAGCUUAAACGACAGCGAAGCCGCUCAGGUUGAGUUUAAUGCCGGUACGGACAAUACUUUGUUGGCCAAUCCCAACACCACGACCACCGGCAACACACCAACUUGGUCGAACCUUACGUUCAUAGUCCCAGACACGACAUCUUCUUCUCAUAAGGUGGAAUUCACUAAUUCGACUACAACUGGCGAUAGGUCGGGAACCGGGUUCGUAUUUUAUGGAGAAUUUCUACUGCACAAGAGCACCGACGGGGAUCUAAAGGCAAUGUGGUACGCUGUGCCCUCUGGUCAAGAUAAUGUUUGGACUUUGAACUGGAACUCGACCGACGAUGAUACCGAAGGGAAAGUGAUUGUCACCCUGAAGGCUACGCCGCCAUCGAGGGGAGCGGAUAAGAAUCCCUAGGCCUAACAUGUAACUUCACGUUGAACUAUUCCCAUUCUCAUUGGGAGUUGCCGACCAUCUACUUUGUGGGUUAGACUGGUAAUCACAAGUCGCCCACCGGUGGGAUACUACUCUAUCGGCAUUUCUUCUCUAUUUAAAUUAUUUAUGCUGGCUCAAGAGGAUUGUAAUUAGCUCACUUGAAAGGAG